UCAAGCCACCCUUGGUAGUGAUUGCACCCAAAACCCUAGCCGCCGCGCCGUGCGCGCCGCCCCUACACAGGUCGUCAUUCUCCUCCCCUCCACCAUCUGCUCCGUCUCCUGCGAUCCCAUCCGGCGCGGCGAAGAUGAACGUGAAGGGCGGCGGCCGGAUUCCGGUCCCGCCGGCGGGGGCCGGCGCGUUGGCCAAGGUGGCGCUGCUAGGCGGCGCAGCCGUGUACGCUGCCAUGAACAGCCUCUACAACGUCGAGGGUGGGCACCGCGCCAUCGUCUUCAACCGCAUCGAGGGCAUCAAGGACAAGGUAUACCCAGAAGGGACUCACUUUAUGAUUCCGUGGUUUGAACGUCCAAUCAUUUAUGAUGUCCGUGCUCGCCCGAAUCUUGUCGAGAGUACUUCUGGAAGCAGGGAUCUUCAGAUGGUGAAAAUUGGUCUCCGUGUCCUCACAAGGCCUAUGCCAGAGAAGCUACCAACUAUCUACAGGACUCUGGGGGAGAACUUCAAUGAGAGAGUUUUGCCUUCGAUCAUUCAUGAAACACUGAAAGCUGUUGUCGCUCAAUACAAUGCUAGUCAGCUAAUCACACAGAGAGAGACUGUGAGUAGGGAGAUAAGGAAGAUACUGACCGAGAGGGCCAGAUUCUUCAACAUUGCCCUUGAUGAUGUCUCCAUUACAAGCCUGAGCUUUGGGAAGGAGUUUACUCAUGCCAUUGAAGCCAAACAGGUUGCUGCACAAGAAGCUGAGCGUGCAAAGUUCAUUGUUGAGAAAGCUGAGCAAGAUAAGAGAAGUGCAAUUAUUAGGGCACAGGGUGAGGCUAAGAGUGCAGAGCUGAUUGGUCAAGCCAUCGCAAACAACCCUGCUUUCCUUGCCCUCAGGCAGAUUGAAGCUGCGAGGGAGAUCUCUCAUACGAUCUCGUCCGCAGCCAACAAGGUCUUCUUGGACUCCAACGAUCUGCUCCUCAACCUCCAGAAGCUGUCGGUGUUGAACAAGCAGAAGAAAUGAUGUCACCCUAUUGCCUUGUUCUGAGUUACUAGCUGAUGUCACGUACAGGACAUUGUGAGGAACCCUGGUUUUUGAAUGUAGUCUCACUAGCGGUCCUCUGAUACGGGACUUGGUGAACUAGGUACACGGCAUCAAACUGGGAACUGCUAGCAAACUGGCAGGCUUUGUUUGAACGUGCUCGUACUUGACGAAGUUUAAUAAGCAACAGAUUCUGUUGUAAGA